GUGCUCCUAUUCAUUUGUUAAAAAUGGCGUGAUGGUGGUGUAUUCGUCGUAACAUAAGAAUUUUCAAGUUUGCGGUUUUAAAGAUUUCCUAUUUGUAGAUACAAUAUGGCUGGUAAUAAAAUUAACACAAAGAAGAAAGAUGAUAAGAGUAAAUCAAGCAGAAAUGCUGAUCAAGCAGUGGAGGAGAAUGAAGAUAGUAUUGACUUUUCCUUACUAAGAAAACCUAUACUUACUAGUAUAACUGGAUUUGCACAGGCAAGAAAGAUAUUUGAUUUGGCAACUGAAGAACUCAAAGGAUUGCUCAGCAAUGAAUGUGACUUACUAUAUGAAUGCAAGGUGUGCCGAAACAUGUUUAGAAGUUUGGCUAAUUUCAUAUCACAUAAAAGAAUAUACUGUAAGCAAAAGUUUGAUUCUUCAGUCCAUGGACACUUUCUGAAGGCAACUUCUGUUAUGGACGAGAUAAUGAAAAUAAAGAAGUUAGAAGUGAGCUACCAAGAGUCGUUAAAUGAUAAAAUUGAUUUGAAUAAUUCAGACGAAGAUGAUGAUUCACGCAUACCAAUCACUAAAGAUUUAACUUCAAUAGUAGAGAAGAUUACUAAGAAUGAAGGUGUGCAGCACAGUGAUCUUGAGAGCAAACAAUUGGUAUUUCAGAAAAUUCCAAAGAGCUCUGUUGCUGUAUUCCAGAAUAUCAAAACUGGUAAUAAUAAAACUGAUACAAUGAAAGCCCAGGUAGAUGAACUAAAUGAUAUUCUAUCUCAAGAAAAUGCAGUUUUGCAAAGCGAUGGAUCAUUCAAAGUGCAAAGUGAUGUAUCAUUUAAUGUGCAAAGCAAUGACAAGGUUGAAGAAGAUGUUGACCAUGUCAUACAAAUCAGCGAUGAUGACGAAAAUGAAGAGUCUGAUAUACUGAAAUGUAAACUUUGUGACCUACAGUUCUCCACUCUGAAGACGUGGAAGUUCCACAUUAAGAAUAAACAUUUGGAGAAUCGACUUGUUUACCCGUGCCCCGAUUGCUUGGACAUAUUCUCAACGUCGUGGAGUGUCUAUCGGCAUCUAUUCAAAGUUCAUAGAAAAACAGCAGCUCAGAUACGAAGGCUACGUGAGGCGAUACAAGCCAAAGCUUUCCGCAUGAACAACCCACCAACGUUCUAUGAAAAGAGGAAAAGUAUGCCUAAACCUGCGCCCACGCAAAAGAUAACAGAAGAAGAACGACUUUAUAAAGAGAAUCAGGCGUGGUUAGAGGAACUAGACGGUGAAAGCGAAGGUCGGCGAUGCGGUGGCUGCGGGCGAACGUUCGAGCGGCGCGCCGCACUCGCCGCACACACGCACACAUGCGCGCGUCGCGACCGUCGCCGCAUACAAAUACAGAUCCGCAAGGAUUACAAUAAGGAGCCCAACAACCCCUACCUGGCGAUGGCUGGGUGCGCCGCCCAAGCGCCAACCGAGACAAAAAUGAGCGUGGAAGACGUUAAAAAGGCGGAUAACGUACAAGAGAAUAAGGUUAAAAAAGACGAAAUCGACGAAGAACCCCCAGAAGCAGAAUCACCUGUUCCAGAUGAUAUAAAGCAAGAAACCGAAUAUAUGGAAACAGAUGAACCUGUAAUACAAAACAAUAAGCCAAUAUUUUACGACAACUCCAUGAUUAAUAAACUACCAUACGCUCAGCAGACAGAAAAGAACAACUUAAAUGCUUUUAGACAAAAAAUUCAAUUAGAUGUCGAUUUGUUCAAGCUUCUCUGCAAAAAAUGUGAUAUCAAACAUGAUAAAAUAGCUGAUUUUCUAGAUCAUAUGUCCAGUCAUUACAAAUGGGUGCGUUAUGCCUGUAAACUUUGUAAUUUCAAACAUUUUAAUUUCGAUAAAUUGCCCGAGCAUGUUAAAGUUGUCCAUAAACUUAAAGGUAAUACUGAGUUCUACUUUAGUACUGUAAAGGCUAUUGAUGGCACUGAAGCUUUGGAAUUAUCGGAAUCUAUCGAUGAACAAAAUGAAAGUAACAAGACUAAUUCAAGACGACCGAGUAGAUGUUCUAGUGACUCAAGUCGAUUAUCUGAUGACAGUUCAAGUAGCAGCACACGACCAGAAACAGGUUCUAGAAAACGAAAGAGUAAUCUUUACAAAAUGAAUGCAAAGAAGAAAAGGCAGUCUUUAGUUACAGAUGCAGCUGAUCAGAAUAAAGAGGAAGCUAUUUUACUUGAAGAAGGUACAGCUCCUAAUAGUAAAAUAUUUGAAGAAAAUUCCUCAGAUUUUGAUGAAGUUGAAGAGAAAAGUUUAAAGCGGAAAAACACUAAAAUAUCUUCAGUUGCUUCUCGUAGACCCGUCCGUAAAAAAACCAAACCUAAAAAUGCAGAUUUUGAAUAUGAUUUAUCUAAUUUGCUUAAAAUGGAAGCUCAGGGUUAUCGAGACUCUCAGACGGUAAUUCAAGGUAAAAAGAAAACACAGCAGGAACUGCAGAUUAAUUACGAUAUUAUUAAUAAGGAUUGCUGUGGCGCGAUGAUAACAUUGUCUAGAAAAUCUGUAGAAAACUCUCAAGGCCACAUGAAGACCGCCAGUAUUCCUGCAUUCAAAGCAUCAAAGGAAUCGCGAGUAUCAAGAGUUUUCGUGAGACCAAUGGUACCCAGAAUAACAAAAAUGGAUAAAAAUUCUCCUAAGAAAGUUGAAAGUGAAGAAGUGAACAAUUCUGGUCCCAGUAAAGUACCAGAGUCUUCUAGUCCUAUACUUGAACCAAUUUCAGAUACAUGUGAAACAAGUGAAGAUAUUAAUGAAAAACCUAAAAAAAGUAUUGUAGCUAAAAUAUUUAAUCCAAAUAUAAAUAAAGUGCUAGAGGGGUCAGUUCCGAGUUCUGGAAAAGAUAAUAAAUUAACUCAAAAUAAUAAAACUUUCACACAAACAAGUAAAGAGGUUGUUAAAGAGUCUAACGAAAUUGUUCAAACUAAAUCAAUUAAUACAGAUUCUAUUGACUUAAAUAAAGAUGUCAAUGAUGGAUCUAUCUCUGUUUCCGAAAAAGGUAAAAAGUUAACUUUGGAGAACGAAAACAUUUCAACGCAGACUAAUAAAAAUAUAAGAAUUUUUAAAGAUAUUAAUCAAUCUAAAACAGUUGUAAAAAAAAUUACUGACCUUGAUAAAAAUGACAAAGAUAAAUCUGUUUCAUGUUCCGAAAAAGGUAAAAUAGUUUCUCUGGAAACUGAUAAAAUAUUAACAAAAACAGGUAAAGGUAUUGUUCAGAAGCCUAGAGAUGUUAUCAAAACUAAAACAAUCGAUUCCAUUUUAAGUGACUUAAAUAAAGAUAUCAAAGUUACACCUCUAUCGAUUUCCGAAAAAGGGAAUAAAAACACUUUGGGUACUGAUGAAACUUCAACACAAACAAGUAUAUGUGUAGUUAAAAAGCCCAAAGAUAGUAUUCAAACUAAACAAUUAAUUCCAAUCUUACAAGAGGUAGAUGUCACAGACAGAUCCGUUUUAAAUUCAGAAAAUGAUCAAAAAUUAUGUUUGGAACUUGAUGAAACGAACACAGAUUCAGGCAUAAAAACAGAAAAAGAUACAGAAAAAAUCACUGAUGAUACUUUAUCUCUCUCGAAACCAUCCAAUUCAAGUAACACUGAAAGAAAUAUGGUUCCCUUUAAAUUUCGACGACAAGGCUUGGAAGUUAUUAAGAAUCCCUUGAUUAAGCAAAAUAUAACGGAUUUUACUAAAGCUGGUAUGAAAACGAAAAUAUUAGUCAUAAAACCAAUUAAUAGAAGCGCAGAUAGAAUAAAUAAUUUGAAUGCUCCACUCAAGUUUCAAACGAUUAAGUUAAAAGAUCCAAGCAAAAGUAACGCCAAUAACGAAGAAAUAAAGUCUGAUCAAGUUGUUGUUGUUCAGGUACCGAAAGUUGACUGCGGAAUUUCCAGGUCAUCACCAACACCCAAUAUAAACAAUGGGGUAUCAUUGACUAUGAAUUCUGCAGCUAUUCUUGCGAGUGAAAAAUUUGAAAAAGAUGUUUUAUCAAAUCAAGUACUGAAAAAAAAUUGUAAUGAUAAUGAUACACAUGCUAGUAGCAAAGCUAUAAAUGUUAAAAUACUAGGAAGAGUUUCUGAGAAAAAAAAAGUUUCGGAAGAUUUAGAAGAAACACCUAACAGUGAUGAAAGAACACUUAAUCAUGAUAAAAGUAUAAUCGUUGAAACGCUCAAAAAUAACUUGGAAGAAAAUUUCAAUCAAAAGGAUGAAGAACAAACUACUAAUCAAACAAAAAUACUUAAUCUUGACCAGAGUAUAAGCGUAAAAUCACUAGAAAUGAAUCCUGAAGAAAGCCUUGAUCAGCAGGAUCAUGGACAAACACUUGAUAGUCAUAAGAACGAAGAUAACCUAAAUAAGGUGGAUCAUUUAAAAUCAGAAUCUACGAAUAUUACGAAUGAAUCUGCGAAAGUAGUCAAUGAAGUGUUAGUAGAUUCAAAUAAAAUUGUUAGCCAAGAGAGCUAAAAUACUUUUUGCAAUGUAACUUUAUUUUCUUUGCCAUAUCAAGUACGUCGUUUAGAUUAUAUUUUGUACAGUUGUUAAUUUUUCCUUAGAAAUAAAAUUUAAGAUACCUC